GCCAUAACAAAAAACAGAACUGGAACUAACGCUGAUCAUCGAGACUCGUCCGAGAUCGAGCCGCAUCUAGACUGGGGAGCAGGGUGAACGGGUUGUUUGUCCUUUUGUUUACCUACACGGCAGGCCAAAGUGGGGGAAUCUGUUAUUGACGAAGAAGAAAUCCAAGACAUUCUGGAUGUGAUGUGAUGUGAAGUGAAGUAAAACUGAAGUUUAAAUGAUUGACGGACAAGAGUUCGAAACAGAGGGCUUCAAUUAUGCAUCCGGCCAUUCUUCGCUAAUUAGGCAUUUGGGACGUCCCAAAUCCAUCCAUCCAGUUUAACUGCACCUAACAAAAUGCCUUCGAAUAUCUGUUGUUUACGAUGGCUGAAACGUUGAAAUAUAACUAAGAAAUGGCAAAGAAAAGCGUCGAAGUUCAGGUGUUUGACAGUGAUUUUCAGGUUUUUCUCCGCGAAUCGGUUACUUAUGAAAUUAAAAUGGAAUCACGUUCUAGUAGUAGAUUACGCAGUGUUGUAUUAAUAUGUGUGUUGUUGGCUAUCAGUGGUAUUGUUUAUGUGGGCUAUUUUUGUCCUGAUCAGGUGUGUGCCCUUACAUCUCGUGAAACGAGUUGGUCUGACUGGACGCCUUUUCGUUUACCAAUUCGUGAUAAUUUAGGAAAACCCUUAGUCAUUCAUUCAGAACCAAUUACGUCAAAAAUAUCUAGCCCAGGAUUGAGUUAUGAUGAUGUUUUGAAUGAAAAUUUUCAGUUUGAUAUGAAUGCACAUGAUGUGAUGGUUUUUCUUCAUAUUCAGAAAACAGGAGGCACUUCAUUUGGUAGACAUUUAGUUAGAGACCUUGAUCUAGAGAGACCCUGCACAUGUCAAAGAAAGAGGAAACGGUGCUACUGUUUUCGACCAAAUCGAAAUGAAAACUGGCUUUUUAGUCGUUACUCUACAGGAUGGAAAUGUGGUUUACAUGCAGAUUGGACUGAAUUGACAAGUUGUGUUGAUUCAGAACUUGAUAAAAAUGAAGGGGACACUGUUAAAAGACGUUAUUUCUACAUUACUUUACUGCGAGAACCUGUUGCACGAUACCUGUCAGAAUUACGACAUGUUCAACGAGGAGCCACAUGGAGAAAUUCUCGACACUGGUGUGGAGGGCGCCCAGCUUCAAGAGAAGAAUUACCACACUGUUAUAAGGGUGCAUCUUGGAGAGGAGUAACGUUAGAUGACUUUGCUGCUUGUCCUUAUAAUUUGGCUGCAAACAGGCAAACUCGUAUGUUAGCUGAUUUAACUCUAGUGGGAUGCUACAAUAUGUCCUACAUGCCUUCCAAAGCUGAGAGAGAUCGAGUAAUGUUGGCAAGCGCAAAGAGAAAUUUGGCUUCAAUGGCUUUUUUUGGGCUCACUGAGCACCAGAAGGUUGGUCAGUAUGUGUUUGAAGAAACUUUCAAUCUCAGAUUUUUAGUACCAUUUGAGCAGCACAAUGCAACUCUUUCCAGUAUGGCUCUGAAUACUGUACAUCGUGAUCAGCUUGACAAAAUUAAGAAGUUGAAUGCCCUAGAUCUUGAAUUGUAUUCGUUUGCCAAGAAACUAAUGUUUCAAAGAUUCACUCGUCUCAAAGCUAGAGACCCACAGUUUAAAGAGAGAUUCUCUCACCUUGGAGAGCUUCCAGGAAGACAAAAUGAAGCCUUUAACUGGGAUCAGGCACUAUAUGAAGACAAUGUGCACAAUGGAAUAACUAACAUGAGUAAUAACGUUACUCCUCUCAACUGAAAUGUAGCGCACAGUGGAGUAGUUUGUUUCUGAAUCAUCUGAUAUGGAUCUCGCUCUCUGCCAUAAUGCAUUUCACCACAUUUCUGCUGUGCAGUCUUUUCUGUGGUUUUACAAACAUGCUACAAAGUGCAAUUUUGAUACCUUCCUCAGUAUGAAUGUGGAUUGUUAUGUAUGAUUUUAAUAUAUGUAAAAUAUUGACUGUUGACAAUCUAUAAACAUGUUUCUGAGAAAUACUGGCUAAGAGUUCUUAUUGUUUAAAUGUUGAAUAAUACUGGGAAGAACAUGAGGUAGUUUUCAUUUUAAGUCAGAAUUUUCAAGUUUGUGGAACAGUUGGUUUAGUAGAACAAGAUUACAGUUGUAGGUGCUCAGAAACACUUCUCAUCAAACUCUUGAUUGUAAAUUAUGUACUGUCCUACAUUCCUAAAUUGGAUGUUUCUAUUAAAUUAAUCUCCAUAAUAGUUGUUACUGUCAUGGUUGUAUAGUGUUGGACAAGAUAUAACUUGUUGGGAAGAUAGAAUGAUCAUAACCAUGUUUGAUACCAUUGACAUAAAUCAUUGCUUAAUGUAUAGAACAGUUCCAUUAAAGGUACUAAUGCAAAUUUUCAAUUAGAAGAGAAUUAAUGAAUGCAGCUGAUUAUUGGAUGGACUGAUUUCAUGAUGAGAGAGCACAAGUGUACAAAUGGCAUGUCACUUAUGAAGUGAUAUAUGAUAUGUCUUCAUUUAAUUUAUUUUAGAUUGAAAGCCUUGUGAAGAGGGAAAUGAUAAACUAGUUUGCUUUAGUGAAGGGAAGUAUAAAUUUCCAAUUUCAAAAGGACAUAUGUCAAAAUUGUCUACUUGUCAGAGGGAUAAAAAAUGUUAUUUUAACAAAAAUACAUCAUUUUGAUAUUUUGUUAUAAUGUGAAGCUGAUCACUAGGCAAAUUGAUACUGGAUGGAGACAAUAUCUAAAAUAGAACAUAAAAGAAAUAUGUAAAAUUUUGACGUAUGCCUUUUUGCAUUUAGCUUUGAUUUGUAAAUUGUGAAGCAAGCUCAGUCAGUGUGCAGGUCUUAUUACUUUUUCUCAUUUUUUUUUCUCCCUUCUAGACACGGCAUGAAAAUGUUUUUAGUUUUAUUACAAACUUACAUGAAGUAUACGCGAUCAUUUCUUUUCUUCAAUGUUAAACUCGGUGGUUGAACUAGUCGGACACAUUCAUAUCAAUGCUGAUAUUGUCAGUACAGUCUUGGUGUGAUAGGAAUUAUAGAGUAAGCUAUUCAUAAAGCACUUUUUUGUAUAGAAGAGAGAUAUUUUGCCUGGACCAAAGAGGAUGUAAAUGUAAUGUUAGUAAAAAUAAACACAAGCUUUUAGUAUGUACAUUAUGACAUAGAUGUUCACAAAUAUUGUUAGGAUUUUAUUUAGGAAUGUGACAUGCAAAAUGCACCACUAUAGUUUUCAUUUGUGAAAUUUGUUAUAAAUGUAAAUAUUCUUUUCGUAACUAUUGAAAAUGGUGCAAACAGUGCUGGCCAUGGAAGUAAAUAUGAUGAGAGUUAAAGAUAAAAGAAAGAAAUACUAGCACCAAAAUUAUUAUAAAUAAGUUGGAUUAUUGCAGUUUUUAAGCAUUUUCUUCUGCUAAAAUUUAUAGUAUUUUGUUUGUAGAUUCAUGUGCAACAUAUAGUUUGCGCUAAGAUCUUGAUUGACAUCAGUGCUGUAAAACUGAAAAUAAGUACUGUGAUACAUUUUGUUAAUGUGGGCCUCUACUUCCUUGCUAUGUUUUCAAUUUCUUGCUGUACUUUUCUAACAUUAUGGUCUACAAUAUGAAUACUUUUAUCAAGUGCCAUUUACUAUUAGAAUAAGAUAAAAAUGAAUUUGUGUCUGAAGAAAACUUUCCUUUGUCUAUCAUUUAUUUACAUAGCUUGUAUAAUGUAGCUCAUUAUACAGAAUAUGUAUUUCACACUUUACGAUAAACUUUUUCUUGUAGAAUAAUUUGGCUCUAAUUGGUUGGAUUUAAAAUAAUUUUAUACUUAAGAUAUAUGUAUAAUUAAAGAGAUGAAAUAUAAAAAGAGGAAGGACUAACAAUACUCAAAGUGUAGACUGUAUGUCAAAGAUGUGUCUUGUGACAACAUUGAGGCAGUGCAUUUAUAUAUUAUGUAGGAUAGUUUAUUUAUAUUUAUUUUAUACAUGUGUGAAACAAAUUAUUAGGUUAUUUACUUUAAAAAAUAGUAACAAAGCUGCUCUUUAACUUGUUUUGAAAUUUGAAUAAUUUGCACUAAUUUGGUACAUUUUGUGAGUGUUACCAGAAGUAAUGCAAGGACUUCAUUGGAAAUUCAUUUAUUAAAAUCCAUGUGGCCAGUAACAUUUCUUUAUAGAGUCAUUUUUCCAUAUUUGCUAUAUAAAGACUUUAGAAUCAAGCCAACCUUCAAGUAACUUCUUGAGUGGUUGAAGAGUUCAUCUCUACUUCAGUGGUUGGUGCCAAUUGUCAAAAUGAAGUAGAUGUCCAUGCAGAGCAGCUACUUCUCUGUGAUGAAGUCCAAUGUUCUCCUGUGAUAUCUUCAGAAUGUUUUCCUGGAAAACAUAUCUGUGUACUCUAAUUGAAACGGGAGCUAAACUGAUGUUCGAUCAACUGGGAAGCAGCUAUCCAGUUACUUCGUUAUGACUUAGUUUUUGAAAUUAAAGCUCCUGAUUAGAUAACUGCGUCCUAGUUAAUCAAACAUCAAUUUGCCCUGCUUUUAAUUGGAAAAUAAUCUUUUCUAACUUAUUGGCAACCUUGUAACAACUCAGUUGUAAAAUUCACCUAUAACCUGAUAACAUAAGACUGUUGUUUCUUUGUAUUUUUUAACACAUUGAAAUUUAAUUGUUUCCUCUUCACAUUACAUAAUUUUCAAUCCAUACUUUAUUACCAUAGUUUUUCUUUCGGAAAUUAUAAAACAUUUAUAGAUAAAUUUUUCAUUACUUUGGCAAAGGGUUUUGAAUUUUCCUGCUGUUUGUGAAAAUGUUUUGUAUCAAAUUCAAAAUGUCUUAGUCCCUACAUGACUGAUUUAAAGAAAAUUAAUGGCAUUACUUUAAGGUAACCUUCGCAGGAAUAUAUUUAAUUAGUACCUUUUACCUGUGUUUAGUUCUAAAAGGCAAUUAAUUGUUGUGGUUAAUGUUGAAUUUAAGAUCAGUGAUGUUUCCAAGCAGGCUGUAAAGAUUAAGGAUGUAAUGGCUCUACAAAUGUGCUUAUUUAGUAAAAUAACAUUAUUAAAACUAGAAUUUGUUACAAACAAGAUCAAAGAAAAAGCAAAUGAUAAUAUUAAAUUCAGAAUUCAAGUAUUUUAUCUUUGUAAAUUUCUGUUGCCUCUUAAUGUUUAUGUUACAUAUUCAGCUCAUUUGUUUGAUGACAUCACAGAUCACAUUUAAACUCAAUAGCAGCUCAGAGAGACUGCAGUAACUAAUGUGUGAUAUGACCAAUAGCAUUCUCCUGAGUCUCCUUUUUUUUGGUUGGGGAAGUAACAUUGAAAUUAUUAACUGUUCAUUGGAAUUAAAAUCCAUUGUUUAAAGUCACUGCCACAACUGUUUAUGUAACAAAAAAAAGUGUGAAAAAUAUGUGGUUACAAACUUAUUUCUCUUGUAUUAGAGUUAAUUUAACACAGUGCAAUGCAAAUAUGCUCAUAUUCUAUCCCAUUGCGAAGAAAUAUCAAAACAAUAAUAAAUAUUCCAAGACAUUCUCAGUCGUACUGGUAGAAACAUAAAUGUGGCAAUUUCUCUAGGUUCAAACUAUAAUAUAAGCAAUGUAAAUAAGGUGCCUUCCAGGAUUCUCUCAAAUUCCACAAGCUUGUUCUGGAUAAAUAUUUCAGUGUAUUUCCAUUUGUUAUUCACCUUGCUUAAUGCUGAAACUAGUUGCUAUUGCUACUUUCAUACCAUUAUAUCCUUGUUCAAAAUUGUUGCAAGACCAGAGAAAGUAAAGCCCGUCCACACAAAACAGUGAAUCGAUUUAAGGAAUACAACUGAAAAUUCACCCAAAAUAUUAGAGUAAGUUGUCAAAAAUAAUGUAAGUAUUAGGGCACAUUAUAUUACAAUAUUUUUUUGCAUGUAUAGAUUUGUAAAUACAAUUGAUGAAAUCUGUAAUAAAUGCAGUUAAAUUAAUAUUUUCUUUUAUCACAAGACUUGCUUAAAUAAUUUGAUACUAAUACAAUAAUGAACCAAAGAGAGUCAUUACUUGGGGGGGGGGGGG